AUGUUUGCAGGCCCCGCCCGCUCGCCGCUGACGGUGGUGGUGAUCAACAACGGCGGCGGCGGCAUCUUUUCUUCCCUCCCCAUCGCGGGGCAGGUGCCGGCGCAGACGCUGAGCGACGGCUGGACCACGCCGCAGGCCGUCGAGCUGGGUGGGCUCUGCCGAGCGCACGGCGUGCCGCACCUGCGCCUGGGUCUGGCCGACGGCACCCAGGCCCUGCGCGCCGCACUGCGAGCCGCCUGGGCCUCCCACACCCACAGCGUCGUGGAGGUGGCCGUGGACCCCGCCGGCAACCUGGACUGGCACCGCGCGACGACGGCCGCGGCGGCCAAGCUGGCGGAGGGCGUGUGGGGUGCGGAGGUGCGACGGCGGCGCAUGGGGGAUGUGCAGUCCAUGGCGCCGGCCACCAACGGGGCGGUGGGAGAGGGUAGGCAUGUUCCCAGCCUGGGCCGCGCCGUCAUUGCCCAAGCCUGGUACGAGCGGUGCUCGGCCCCGCUCAGUCAACCGCUGCCUGUGCGGGGAGGGGCGCCACAGGACUGUCGAAGGGUACUGCGUCUGCACUUGCGUCUGAGCAGCGGCGCGUGCGGGAUGGGCGAGGCGGCGCCGCUGGCAGGCGUGCAUGCUGAGAGCCUGGAGGAAAGCGAGGCCCAGCUCGCGGGGCUCUGUGCCCUCCUGCCUGGCGUGGGCAUGCCCCAGACUCUGGCCAGGCUGGGCGGCAGGGUGGCGGACUGGCUCGAGCGAGAGGUGGGCGUCCUGCCGCGCACGCUGCACCCCUCCGUGCGCUGCGCCCUGGAAUUUGCGCUCCUGGGUGCCCUGGCGCAGGAGGGCCAGCAGACGCUGAGCCAGCUGCUGUGCGCGGAGUUGGCAGGCCCUCAUCUCUCGGGACCCCUGCCCAACAACGCCCUGCUGGACUGCGGCGAGCAGACGGUGGCCAAGGCGGCAGAAGCUGCCAAAAAACUCGUGCUCCAGGGCUGGCGCGCCAUCAAGAUCAAAGUGGGACGCAGGGCCAACCCCGAGCUCGAUGCGGCGGUGGUCUGUGGCGUGCGGUCUGCGGUCGGCAGCGAGGUCGUGCUACGUGCCGACGCCAAUCGCGCCUGGUCGCUGCCGCAGGCGGUGCAGUUUGGGAAGGCUGCCGCGCGGGCAAAGCUCCAAUACAUUGAGGAGCCCGUGCAGGACUGGCAGGACCUGGAGUCGUUCUGGAGAGCGACGGGGAUUGCCACCGCACUGGACGAGUCUGUGACCCAGGAAGGCAUCCUUGACCCCCCGCCGGAGGGGACGGUGGCACUCGUGCUCAAGCCCGGGGUGAUGGGUGGCCCGGAGGCGACCUUUGAGCUGGCCCGCACCGCCGCACGCCUCGGCCUCCAGGUCGCGCUUUCCUCGUGCAUGGAGACGAGGGAGGGGCUGGCCCUCCUCCGCGAGCUGGCCCGGGCGGUGGAUGUGCAGGUGUUCCCUGACAUGUUGGGACUGCAUGGUCUGGGCACCGACGGCUACGUGGGCGAGGCCGUCGCAGAGCCUGGAAGCCGACCAGAGGGCGGGGCAGCCGGUACCCUGGUCCUGCUGCACGGCUUCCUGGGGGCGGCUGAGGACUGGACCCCCGUGGCAGCCUCGCUGGGAACCAGGCGCACCGUGCUUGCCCCAGACCUGCCGGGGCACGGCAGUGCUGGCCUGCUCACGGGCAUGGUGCCGCCGUCCCUGGAGCAGGCAGCAGCAGAUGUGGCAGGGUGGUGCGCCACGCUGCAGCAGCCGGUGACGCUGGUCGGUUACUCCCUGGGGGCGCGCCUGGCCUUGACCCUGGCGCUGCGCCACCCGGGCGCCUGCUCCCGCCUGGUCCUUGUGUCUGGCUCCCCCGGCCUCGAAGAUGCCCUGGCUCGCGCACAGCGUGCAAGCCAGGAUGCUGCCCUGGCGACCACGAUGAGGCAGGCACCCAUUGAAGUGUUCCUGGAGCACUGGUACAGUCAGCCCAUGUGGGGAACGCUGCGCCGGCACCCCAGGCAAUCCGGUAUAGUUGCAAGGCGGGCGUCCGCGCAGAGUGACCAUGCAGCCCUCGCGGAUGUGCUGGAGGCCUGGUCCCCCGGCCGGGCGUCCCACGCCUGGGAUGAGCUGCCUGCCCUCUCGCGGCGCAUGCCCAUUCUCCUGAUCACUGGAGAAGAGGACGAGAAGUUCGUGGGCCUACAGCAGGCCAUGCUGCAGCGGUGCCAGCCCGCCGGAACGAGCGGCAUCGGCGUGCAGGCUGCCACGAUCCUGAGCGCUGGGCAUGCUGUGCAUCUCGAGCGCCCGCUUGAGCUGGCCGGCGCCAUUGAGGCCUGGCUGAAGGGUCUGGAGUGCACCCAGCAAACCCUGAGACCGCUGGAGUGA